AUGUUUCGUUUCAUGCGCUUCCGUCCGGAGAUGGGAUCGUCCGUCAAGCAGGGACGGAUGCCCUUGGCGGCGUCAACGGCUGCCGGGCUCCUUACUGAGGCCCGGGUCCUUACCAAGUGGCGAUACCGGCCAUCCGGCCUCAACACUGCGCGAUCAACGUGCCUGGCCUCGCCGUCAUGGUAA